AUGGAGAAGCGGUACACCCACAUGACUUUCUUCUGGGGAACGAACUCCGAGAUCCUCUUCACGAUGUGGCCAGGCACGAGGCGCGGCAUGUACGGGCUCGCGCUGAUCGUGGUCUUCCUCAUGGCGUUCUUCGUGGAGCUGCUCUCGUGCCGCCGCAUCGCUCGUCUCGGGCGGCAGCGGCCCCGCCUGCUGGCCGCCCUCUUCCAGACGGCCGUCCACGCCCUCCGCGUCGGGCUGGCCUACCUCCUCAUGCUGGCGCUCAUGUCCUUCAACGUCGGCGUCCUGAUCGUGGCAAUCGCGGGGAGCACCGCCGGUUUCUUGCUGUUCCACAGCUCGGUGUUCCACGGGGUGGAGCCCUGCGCCGAGGCCAUUCCCGUCAAGCAAUAA